UGUCAAAAAACAGAGUAAUCAGAAAACAGAGUAUACUCUCCAGUUUUGUACAUGGAUCCCAAUUUUUGUCAGUCAACUUUCUCCGGCUUAUCGCCGGAAUAUUCUCUCGAAUAUUCCCCGGAAUCUUUCUCCUCCUCAUCUUCCAACAACUACUCUCUCCCCUUCAACGAGAACGACUCAGAAGAAAUGCUUCUCUACGGCCUAAUCGAGCAAUCCUCGCAGCAAAACCUCAUCGAAUCGGAUCUUCCGAUCAAAUCCGAGGAAGAGACAGGGAGCUCGAGAAAGUCAGAGAAGUCAUACAGAGGCGUGAGACGACGGCCAUGGGGGAAAUUCGCGGCGGAGAUAAGAGAUUCGACCCGAAACGGUAUUCGGGUCUGGCUCGGAACGUUCGAAAGUGCAGAAGAAGCAGCUCUUGCCUACGAUCAAGCUGCUUUCUCGAUGAGAGGCACGUCGGCGAUUCUUAACUUUCCGGCGGAGAGGGUUAAAGAGUCGCUCUUGGAGAUUAAGUAUAGCUACGAGGAAGGGUGUUCUCCGGUUGUGGCGUUGAAGAGGAAACACUCGAUGAGACGGAGAAUGGCCAAUAGGAAGGCGAAAGAAACUGACUUUGAUCACAGCUCCGUGGAAUUAGAUAAUGUGGUUGUGUUUGAGGAUUUGGGAGAACAGUACCUUGAGGAGCUUUUGCGUUCUUCUGAAAAUAGUGGGGCCUGGUGAAGAAAGGAAUUUGAGUAGGAUUUGUGUUUAUAGGUCCUUAAGUUGUUUAGAUGUUUCUAAAUUUUAGCCUCCAAUAUGUUUUUUUAUUUUUGCAGUUUGGCGCCAAUAUUUUUAUUUGUGACAUUCGAGUAUUUGAUUUGUUGAGAAAAACGAAGAAACCAGUUUGUAUUUAUUUUUGUGAUACUUGACUUUCUCAAUCUUCACGUUAGUGUAUAAGAGUCUUUGUUCUGUACUCAA